AUGGCCACGACGUACAACCUCGAGCCGAACCCGACGGCCAAAGUCGUCCUGCACACGACCACGGGCGAUCUUGAGAUCGAGCUCUUCGCCAAGCAGACGCCCAUCACGUCGCGCAACUUCCUGCAGCUGUGUCUCGAUGGCUACUACGACAACACCGUCUUCCACCGCCUCGUCAAGGGCUUCAUCCUCCAGGGCGGUGACCCCACGGGCACGGGGCAGGGCGGAGAGAGCAGCUACGAUGGCGAGCCCUUUGCCGACGAGUUCCACAGCCGGCUGAAGUACACGCGACGCGGGCUGCUGGGCAUGGCCAACACGGGCAAGAAGGACGACAAUGGUAGCCAGUUCUUCUUCACCCUGGCAGCCACCCCAGAGCUGCAGGGCAAGAACACCAUGUUCGGCAGGGUCGCAGGCGACACCAUCUACAACCUGAUGAAGAUGGCCGAGGCUGAGAUACGGGACGGCAGCGACGACCAGCCCAUGUACCCCACCAAGGUCACGGGCGCCGAGAUCAUCAUAAACCCGUUCGAGGACAUGGUCAAGAGGGUGCAGGUGGCUACGACGAAUGAGUCCGAGACCAAGAAGCCCAAGAAGGCGAAGAGGAAGGCUGGCAAGAACGUGCUCAGCUUUGGCGAUGAAGCCGAGGCUGAUGCGGCGCCGGUCGCGAAGAAGCCCAAGUUCAACACCAAGCUGGUCAGCGCAGGAGAGGAGAAGCCUGCCUCGAAAGCAUCCGAGGAGACGAGAGAGAUACCCAUACGCAAACCGUCGCGAAAGUCACCGUCACGUUCCCCAUCGCCCAAGCCCGCACAAAAAGCCGCCCCCAAAUCACCACCCAAACCCAGAGCGCGCACCCCACCACGAGAACUCUCGCCCGAAUCCGAAAAGCGAUCGAAGCUAGACCGUGUCAACCAGCAGAUCGCCGACCUCAAGGCAUCUAUGAAGCGGAACACAGCUGCCCAAGAUACAGGGCCAGCCAAGAAGAAGUCGCUAUUGGAGUCAAUGGUACCGUCCACUACAACACGAGGACGGAAACGCGGAGCAGGCGGCAACGCAAAGGACGAACAGUCAGCGUUGGACAUUCUCAACCGGUUCAAAUCAAAGCUGGACUCAGCGGACUCCACCGCCGCCCAGAAGAUGACUGCCCCAACAUUACCAGAAGAAACACCGAGCAACCAAGGCAACGGAGACGCGAACGGAGCCGACGAAGAAGAAGAAGGCGCAUGUGAUCUCCACUUCAUAGUAGGAUGCCAGUCCUGUAAAGCCUGGGACAAGCAGGAUGAAGAGGAGUCAGACGACGAUGCAGGCUGGAUGUCGCAUUCGCUCAGUUUUGCAAAGGACAGGUUAGGGAAAGACCUGGAGUGGAAGCGGAAAAAUGAAGAAGAGUUGCUGGUGAUCGACCCAAGAGAGGAGGCGAAGCGGCAUAAAGCCGAAGGGAAAAAGGAUAAAAAAGCGCGUGAGGACGCAAAGGCGACCAAAGCCAAGGCUUGA